UCAAUAAGAAUCUGUUGCUUUUUACAGGAUAAAGAUAAAGCUAAAGAGUUCAAAGUUGAUUGGAGGAGGGUGGGCAUCACAAGUUCCUUUGGAUUUGCUUUUGUUGGACCAGUUGGACAUUACUGGUAUGAGUACCUGGACCGUUUUAUCCGGCAGAGAUUUCAGCCUAAUACAUUCAAAUUUGUUGCCUCAAAGGUUGCUGCGGAUGGCUUCCUCUUUGGACCGUUAGAUCUUCUCUUGUUCUUCUCAUAUGUGGGUCUCGGCCAAGGAAGGAGUGUAGAGCAAGUGAAGGAAGACGUGAAAAGAGAUUUCAUUCCCGCUCUGGUACUGGGUGGGAUGAUCUGGCCAGCCGUGCAGAUCGUGAACUUCCGCUUCAUUCCCGUGCGGUACCAGCUCCUGUAUGUGAACUUGUUCUGCCUCUUGGACAGUUGUUUCCUAUCAUGGAUUGAGCAGCAGGGAGACGCAUCAUGGAAGCAGUGGUUCACGUCGUUUCAUAAAAUCGAAGACCAGAAGAGUAAGGUUUGAUUUUACUAGUUAUGA